AUGGAAAGUGCCCAAAUAGUGAGAUCUGUUUCGGCACCGGACGGUGCGGGAACAGGAAUCGGCACCGGCCGGUGCGGGAACAGCAAUAGAGGCAAUCUCUCUGCAUGGCCACGAAAAGUUCGAGCUACACUGGGUCGUGCUGAUGUUGAGUCGAUGCAAUGAAGAUCAAAAACACAACAUCACGUGACUUUUUUGCCUCUGGGGCCACCACCUAACUCCAAGAGCUAACUUUUUUAGGGGGGGGGGGGGGGUGGGGGGUGAUUUACCUAUAGACUCUGGGGGUGCGCUACCUUGUCAAUGGGUUCCCCACGGACUUGGUGCGGUUGCUGUGUGGUCUCGGUCAGGGGGAUCCCCUCUCGUGCCCGGUUUGGAACAUCACGUUCCAGCCCUUCCUCGACGCCCUCGUUCGGCGCGGGAUCGCGCUCGACCUGCAGAAGGUGUGGCCAGGGGGGCCGCGUGCGCAGCUUACGCAUCUGGCGUUUGCCGACGAUGCUGUGGUGGUGGUGGAGUCACCGGCGGCAUUGUCGAAGCUGCAAACGCUGUCGCAGACGUGGUACGAGGCUACCAACGGGAAGACCAACACGGACAAGACGCUGGUGCUACCACUCGGACCGAACUGGCUUCGGGACGAGACUGCGCAGGCGCUGCCAACGGUGCAGGAGGGGAGAGCUUCAAGUGGUGCGGCCAUGCCUUCUUUCGCCACGGUGACUCGAAACUGUUUUGGACCCAUGUUCUUGACAGGAUCAAGGCCAAGACCCGCGCCGCUCGAGACCGGACACUUUCGCCGAGUGGGAAGGUUUUCUAUGCCAACGCUCACAUCAUCUCGACGGUCCUCCACGUGCUGUCCUUCGACAUACCGCCUCAAUGGUUCAUUAAGGCGGCGGAGACGGCACUUACGGACUUUGUCUGGGGAGGAGCAGGGCGAAAUACCGUCGCUCGCGAUUUCGUGUUCCAGGCUCGGGAGGACGGUGGCUUGGGUUUGAUUUCGAUUGGCGACAUCGUUCAUUCGGUGGCGCUUCGAUUUUGGGAUGCUGUGGCGGGCUCGGACGAGGCGAUCUGGGCGCCCCUAGCUCGCGAGAGCUGGAGGUGCCUCGUCGCUGCGACCCGCGAUUUCAGUCCGUGGGGGUUCUUCAGCAGCACGGCUCGGGUCGAGAAGCUGUAUCGCGACUCGACGCGCUGGGGGGCAGUCGUUGCAGCGGCCAGGGUCACAGUUCCAACCAUCAAGUCCGAACUCCUUACGCUUCCCGAAUUGCUCUCGCUUCCGCCUCGCCUCCCUUCACUCUAUGCUGAAGGUGCCCAGCACGCAUAUGACGAUGCGGACGCGGUGGCGAAGUUUGCGCAGAUCGCGGACCUGUACUGGAGGGACGAAGGGAAGGGAUGGGCUCUGGUUGGUCAUCGACGCGGGUUCUGGCAGCACUCUAAGGAACCCGCCCUACAGCACGAGCACGUGUGGUCGCGCGUGGGUCAGUUGCUCAAGGCGAAAGCGUUGCUGCCAAGACCGCGUUGCGACCUGCUCGGAUACCUCUCAAGGAGGCUCCCCGUCCUCGGUGCUUCAACUUCUUUGGGCUCUCCCGACCUUUUACGAUUCGCAAGCUUCGUCGGCUUGUGAACAAGGUGCGGUUCCCAGGGAGGGAGGACCGUGUCAAGCGUUUCCCUGAUGGGACUUCUCAGAGCGAUAGGAAGCGCUUCUGGAGAUGGCUUCAUGACCGGUUCGCGUCUGCUGUCGAGCAGGACACCCACUGGCGGCUCAUGUACGACGUGACGCCGACGCGCAAGAGGCAGCAUACUCAGGGUCAUGCCUCUUCGCCGACGUGUCUGUUCUGUGGCAACGAUGCAGCGGUCAUCGAGACGGUGUCCCACUACUUUUUCGAGUGUGCGUACUCGACCAGCUUCUGGGGUGGGGUGCUACGCAUUCUGCUUGACAAGCUCGGCAUCGAGGAUACCGACGUCGAUCCGUCGACGUUCACUCCGGAGCAGCUGACUAUGGGGCUCCCCCUUUUGCGGGGUCGUGGGAGAACGACCUCGAAAUGGAUGUGGGUUCGGCUGGCCUGCGCGAUCGGCUUCCAGCGGCUGCACCUGCUCCGCUGGCGCGUUCAUCAGCGGUUCGAGCUGGACAACGUCGUGGCCCCUCCCUCGCUUCCCAGUGCGCUCAGAGCGUUCGAGCGAGAUUUUCUCUCUCGAGCGGGUUUUGUGCCUGGGGUUCGAGAUUGGGAGGUGUGAUGACCGAGUUAAGUCCUUCCUUCCCAUUUUCCUCCCCUCCUUUCCUCCCUUCCUUUUCGGUCAGAAGCUGACUGUCUUGAAACUUGUUGCGCAGUGGAAGGCUGCGCACCUCUCCCUCUCUCUACUUUGUGCAGUAGCGAUUUUCGUUCUUGGAUGGAUCGGCAAGCCGGGUCGAUCGUCGUUGCGUUGGAGGCUUUGUGAAGUUCUCCCCUCUCUUUCCCCUUUCUCCCUUCCCUUCCUCUUCUCGUUCCUGUUGCUCGGUUGUUGACUACGCUUCAGCCACUUCUCCUUUUAUUCCUAAGCCGUGUGUUGGAUUCCGUCGAAUAGAUCGUUCGUUCGCGUUGGUCAAGAUCUACGGCAUGGAUCGGGAAGAAAGGUCACUCGUUUUUUUGGUCAAUAUCCUCGCGUCAAGGCGAGGCUUGUUUCGUUGUAUUGGAUCGUUUUCGCUCGGCCCCGACGGCUCAACAGCCAGCACUCGAGACUCAGCCAAGGGAGGACAUCAGGCGCUGUCGGGGUGACGAGUAG